AUGUCGCAGCAAGAUGUGACUCGGCCUGAGUCGAUCGAUGAAAAUGAGCGCACCCGCGCUGCCGAAGCAGACAAGAAGCCCAAGUCCCGCAGACCAGCCAAUACUGCUUUCCGACAGCAGCGAUUGAAGGCCUGGCAACCGAUCCUCACGCCCAAGAGUGUCUUGCCACUAUUCUUCAUCGUCGGAAUUCUCUUCGCGCCCAUCGGCGGUGUUCUGAUCUGGGCCAGUUCCCAGGUCCAAGAACUCGUAAUCGACUACACCGACUGCGGCGCCCAAGCCCCCGAGGGGGGCAGCUGGCAAAGCAUCCCGCGCCAAGUAUCCUACACCUUCAAAGCGAAACCAGCCACACAACCCUCCUGGCGAAAGAACGUCGGAACCGGCACCAACAACGUAACCUGCGAAUUGAUGUUCGAAAUCCCCGAAUCAAUGGGCCCGCCCGUCUUCAUGUACUACCGCCUGACAAACUUCUACCAAAACCACCGGCGCUACGUGCAAUCGCUCUCCCUGGACCAACUCAAAGGCACAGCCGUCUCGAACAGCACGAUCAAGAGCAGCACCUGCUCCCCACUCGCCAUCGACGACAAGACCCAGAAAGCCAUCUACCCGUGCGGCCUGAUCGCGAAUUCAAUCUUCAACGACAGCAUUUCCGAGCCCAAGCUCGUUAGCGGCGACAGUUCAAGCAGCGGCGUGACGUACAACAUGACAAAGAAGGGCAUUGCUUGGUCCAGCGACAAGGAUCUGUACAAGCAGAGCAAGUACGACCAGCACGCCGUUGUUCCGCCGCCUAAUUGGGCGGAUUACGACUAUGCGAAGGACGGGCUUCCGGCUCUGCAUGAGGAUGAGGAUUUCAUGGUGUGGAUGAGGACGGCUGGACUCCCGUCUUUUAGCAAGUUGUCGCGCAGGAAUGACGAUACUGCUAUGGAGAAGGGGACGUAUCAGCUGAGUAUUAAGGACCAAUUCAAUGUGACCGAGUACUCCGGAACAAAAGCGAUCCUAAUCUCCACGCGCACCGUUAUGGGUGGCAAGAAUCCUUUCAUGGGAAUUGCUUAUGUUGUUGUCGGAGGUGUUUGUGUGCUGCUGGGCGCUUUGUUCACGAUUGCUUAUCUGGUUCGGCCUAGGAAACUGGGUGAUCACACCUACUUGACCUGGGACACAACCAAUCAACCCACCACAGCAACGACCACCGGACGAGAUGAUCGAGGAGGACCCUAG